AGCGACUUGUAGCACACCGAGAAACAAAACACACACCAUGUGUACACUCUGCUUACGAGACACGAUCACACACACUGUCGUUACACACACACGCGCGCGCGCGCAGGGGAUGACUUAAGCAUCUGGAGCACUGACUUUAAUUCUUUACCUCUGGAAACUAAAGACCGAAGUGUCAUCAUCAGCAUCUUCAUCCUCAGGAUUGUGUGUGUUUCCCUGUCUGUCUGUAAUAAGGAUGUUAUAACGGAGAGCCGCGUGGAGACGGUGGUCGGUUGCUAUGGAGACAAACUGCGCGUAAAGGAGACAGAACUUGUGAGAAUAAGUUGUGAGUGCGGUGUUUGGACCAGGACGCGCUCUGUGUUUGUGUUGUUUGUGCGUUCUGAGUGUUUAUAAAGGACGUCAUGAUGGCAGUGGUGAUGGAGCGCCGUGUUGUGGCGGUGAUGUACGUGCUGUUCGUGUCGCUCGUGCUGCACACGGAGGAUGGCGCGUGCCAGCACUUUUACCUGCUCCGGCCGGUUCCGAGCGACAGCCUGCCUGUCGUGGAGCUCAAGGAGGAUCCGGACCCUGCGCUGGACCCGCGUGAGCGCGACCUGAACGAGACCGAGCUGCGGAGCGUGAUGGGCGACGACUUGGACUCGCGCUUUCUGUCCGUGACGCCGCCGCCGAAGGAGCGCGAGGAUGACGUGCACACUGACAGCUCGUUUCCUGACGGCCCGAUGCCCGCGCACAUCCGCGCGCUGGACCUCGACACGCCACCGUUCGUCUUGGCUGGUGCGCGCCGCCGCAAAGCAGGACGCAAGCUCAAACGGCGGUUACAGAUGUGGCUGUGGGCGCGUUCUGCGUGUCCGGUGUCUUACACGUGGACGGACCUCGGUAGCCGGUUCUGGCCGCGCUACGCACGCGUGGGUCGCUGCCGUAACGAACGCUCGUGCUCCGUGCCCGAGGGCAUGAUGUGCGCGCCCGCGGGAUCCUCGCGCGUUACGCUCUUGCGUUGGAGAUGCGCGCGCCGCAAAGGCAACCUGAAAUGCGGGUGGAUUCAAGUGCAAUACCCCAUUAUCACAGAGUGCAAAUGCGCGUGCUCGAGCUGAAACCCCACCUUCCUCAACGUUUUAACUUAUAAAUUACUUUAUAGUAGCUAUAAAAGUUUCUAUUUUGUAUAAUGUUUAUAUAUUUUUUAUUUUGUUGUUGUUGUUGUUAUGCACUAUGAAGUGUAAGAAUGUAUUUCCUCAUGUUUAUGUAUAUGUCGUGCCAUGUAAAGAUGAUAGACAGUAUUAUGUGUAACCCAGAGUCUACUGUAUUUGUGAAGAAUAAAAUGUUUAUAAGUCACAUUAUUAUUAUUUUUUUGUAUUUAUGUCGCUGAGAAUGAAGCGACGAGCACGUGCGCAAGAUGCUGGACUCACGUUUAAUGAUUUAACUUUAUCUUUUCUUUGAAACGUCUCAGCUGAGGCAAGUCAUCCUGUAAAUGAAGAGCAAUUGCUAUUUAUUCUUUAUAUUCAUAG